CCCCUUCAGCUGGGAGGGGUGAAUUGAGCAGCCUCGUUAUGGUGCCCGACGGGGCGGGGGUUAGAGCCUCACCGUGGUCUCAGAGCGGCGAGGGGGCAGGAGUUUCCCACUGGCUGCUCCGGAGCCGAAGGAGCCGCCUUCGCAUUAAGGCCACGCGCUGGUUCGGCGCAAGCCUGAUCAUAAGCCACAAGGGUGGAUAUUUUAAGGAGGAGAUUGACACUCAGAGACUGACUCAAAGAGUCCUCCAGCAAAACUUAAGUCAGCAUUCUUUUAGCAUCAGUAAAAUGGAGUUAGAAGACAACUAUGUUGAUGCUUUGGAUCCAGAGAAGUUAAUACAAUGUCCAUAUGAUCGUUAUCAUCAAAUCCGAGCCUGUCGCUUUCCCUAUCAUCUUAUAAAGUGCAGGAAGAACCACCCUGAUAUUGCCGAGCAGCUAGCCACAUGCCCCUUUAAUGCCCGCCAUCAGGUUCCCAGAGCUGAGAUCAGCCAUCACAUAUCAAGCUGUGAUGACAAAAGCUGCAUUGAGCAAGAGAUUGUGAGUCAGUCAAAUACCUGCCACAGAGAGAUGAUGAAUACUGUCAGCAUGUGGCAGCCGCCCCCGUGCGACGAAGACUGGGAUAAAGAGCUACAGGAGCAAUCAAAUUCUGUGUUCGUUUGGGGCACGUUCAAUAGUGGCAUAAACAACAGCCUUGGGUCCAGCGUAAUGAUGGAACCAAAGAAUAAGCUAAUGCCAGGCAUGAGAGCACCCAGGUCCUUGCCAUAUAGCCUAUCCUGGAAAAGCAGGACAUCAAUGACCUUCAGUCCCAAGAUGGAAGUGAAAGAGACCCCAAGAUCCUGGCAGUGUCCCCCCUGCCAGGAGAACUGGGAAGCAGAUGAGUAUCCAUGAAGAAACUCUUGUCUCGGUCACUGGCAUGUGGCACCUAUGGCUUACAGGACUUGACUGAAGCUGUGGUACUAUAGUGUAGGUGUAAUCCACCCCCUCAAGGAUGUAGCUAGGUCAGUGGAAGAGGUCUUUCAUUGACCUGCCAGUGUCUAUACCAGGGCUUAAAUUGGCUUAACUACACCUCUCGAGGGAUGAAUGUUUCACAUUCCGAAGGGACAUUGUGAGGUCGGCAUAAGUUUUAGUGUAGACCAGGCCUUAGAGCGUGAAACCACACACCAUGCUGCCUUUAGCGUUACCUGUCACUACUAUACCUUGUCUACACAUGGAAGCUGACUGGCAUUCAGUGAUCCUUCCCUGAGUACUUCAGAAUCCGUGACUUCAAUUCCAGAAUAAUUCAUGUGCUUCAUAAGUGAAGAAAUCCUGGAAUACAAUGAUGCUUGUUCUGAAAUAGCCCCCACCUCAUUGGGCCACUAUCCCAGAAUAGCUACUCUGGUCAACUCCCCCUGUAGAUAACUCCGUUUAGACCACUGUGGGCUUUUGUUUUAAAUAGGAUUAAAGGUUUGGUGUUUGUGGUGGCUAGUGUUUCACUCGACCAGUUUAACACAUGCUAGAGUAUGACUGCUUUGUCUUGACUCGUUUAUUAAACUAAGCUGUAUAAUGCAACACUUA